AUGGUGCUGCACCGGGUGAUCCAGGCAGCCCGGGCAGGCGAUCUCUCAGCCCUGAGGAAGCUGUCCUCCUCUGGGUGCCUCACUGUCUCAGCCUCCAUCACAGACGCACAGGGGGCAGGCCCGGUGCACCACGCCGCUCGCUGCGGCCGCCUGGAAUGUCUGCGCUACCUGGUGGUGGAGGUGGGGCUGGCGGCCGACGCCCGGGCCCUGAACAGGGCCACACCCGCCCACGACGCUGCCGCUACAGGCCACGCCCGGGAACUGCAGUGGCUAGUGAACCAAGGGGGCUGCAAUAUAGAGGACCAGGAUGCAGCCGGGGCGACAGCGCUCCAUCUCGCAGCUCGGUUUGGACGGGUGGAGGUCGUUCAUUGGCUGCUGUUGGUUGGUAGCGUUGCCGAGGAGACGACAGACUGUGGGGCAGUCCCCGCCCAUUACGCUGCUGCCAAGGGAGACCUCACCUGUCUGAAACUACUGGUCCACCAAGCACCUGGGUGUGUGAACCGUCAGACUGGCAUCGGUGCCACCCCUCUGUACCUGGCAUGUCAGGAGGGCCACCUGCAUGUAGUGGAGUACCUGGUGAAGGACUGCGGGUCCGACGUCCACCUCAGGGCCCAUGAUGGCAUGACCGGCCUGCACGCUGCUGCACACAUGGGGCAUCAUGCCCUGGUCAUCUGGCUGGCCACCUUCACAGACCUUAGCCUGCAGUGCCAGGACAGGGAGGGAGCGACUGCUCUUCACUUUGCGGCCAGUGGAGGGCACCAUCGCAUCCUGGAGAGGCUGCUCCGCAUGGGGGCAAAGGUCAUCAGAGACGACUGGGGGGGAACCCCUCUUCAUGAUGCAGCUGAGAAUGGAGAGCUGGAGUGCUGCAGGAUCCUGUUAGCCAACCAGGUGAGCCCAUCGGAGCAGGACAUAGAUGGGUUCACAGCAGCAGACCUUGCGGAGUACAACGGACACUACGACUGUGCCGGUUACCUCCGAGCCGUGGAGACAUGCCCCUUCUCAGCAGACCAGCCAAUAGAAGAACUAGGUCCGGUAGAGGAGGAUGUGAGGGGGAGACAGGCUGUGGCGUGGCAGCCCAGUAAAGAGGACUACUACCGUCGCCUUAGCGACCCCGGCCUGGACUACUUCCACAAUAACAACAAAACAAAUAUGGAGAGCUUAAAGCAACCAGAGACAGAGGAGUCCCUUCAGGCUCGAUACCCUGCUCCUCCGCCUGAACCUCCUCUACCCACCUCAUCCUCCUCUCAACCACAACCAUCUGCCAUCUCCAGUGUACAACAUGUUAUAGUGGCAUCAACAGUUGUGAAAACUUUAAGUCAGAGCAGCAAGGAGGUGAAAACUGUCAAUCUGACCAAGGUUUCAGACAAAAACCUGGCUGGUAAAAUCAACGGUGACAAAGGGCUCCUGACAGAAAUGAAGUCAAUGAUUCAUUUGAAACAAUCAGAGAUAGUAUCAACACAAACAGUAAGCAUCACAUUACCUCACCCUUUGCUAUCUGCAGCAAGUAAGAUGGUGUCGUUUUCCACAGAAGAAGUCAAACCUUCUGAACAGUCUACUGUUGAUCCGACCCAAAACGUCCUUGGGCUCGGUGGCAAAAAACUCCUCUGUGAAAUUAAGUCUCCAGAAGCUUCAACAAAUGCUAGUAAAAUGGUGGUGAGACAUACAUUUUCCGCAGACGGAAUCAGUCGGAACAAACCUUCUGAAGAAGUGAUUACUGUUGAUCUGACCAAAAACGUUACACUUGGUGGCAAAAAGCUCCUCACUGAAAUUAAGUCUUCAGCUGACGCAGCACACGCAGUAAACACUUACAUCAGAUUUCCUCUUCUGUUUUUUAAAUUCAUGUUCUUAGACCACCAAGCUGGUUAUAACGGAAUGAAUGUUAACUCUCUUUGUCUUAAACAGGGUAAGAUACUGGUAAAGGCUGAGGUAAAAACUGUCGAUCUGGUGAAGGCUUCUGACAAAAAUCUCCUGGCUGGCAAAAACCUGCUCGGUGACAAAAAGUUCCUCGACAACAUGAAAUCUAUCACAUCUCUGAAACAGACAGAAAUAACCACAGUAGCUGUAGCACAAGCAAACAGGAUGGUAGUUCUGCCCACGGAAGAGGCCAACCUGUCAGAUAUUGACUACCUGGUUCCCACCCAUGACGAGCGGGGUCGGCCAAUUGCUGAGUGGAAGAGACAGGUCAUGGUGCGUCAGCUACAGGCCAGGCUAUUGGAUGAGGAGGACCAGAGGAGGAAGGAGAAUGGGACCAGCACUUCCAAAGCGGUGAAUUGGAGGUACUCCCAGGCCCACAACGCUAUCCUGGGCCCGUUUGGAGAGCUGUUGACCGAGGAUGACCUGAUCUACCUGGAGAAGCAGAUCCAGAGCGUGUCCAACCAGAAAAACUGUGAAGGCUAUGAGACAGAGCUAGCUCGUCUGGCUGAGGAGCUCAGGACCAUCCUGCCAGCUCCCAUCGUCAACAUCACAGCCAGCACUCAGUUCAGAAACCCCAACCAGGAGUCUCAGGUCCCUCUGCCCGUGUGGUGCAACCGCAUCUCAGGCAUCGUAAAGAGCAUGUCCCUGCUGAUGGCCAACCUGGCAGACGGGCCGUACUCUAAGAUGCCCAACACAGAGCUAUCCACUGUGUUCUCCCAGACCCCAGACAGACCUACUUCUACCCGAGGGCGCAGGGAGAAGAUCGAGUCCGAGAUCCAACAGUUUGGGGUUUCUGUCCGGAAUCUGAAGUCCAACUUUGAAGGUCAUGAAGAAGAAUCAGAAGAAGAGGUCCCCGCGAUGUCAACCAUACAGGAGGAAGGCCUGGGGUUAAAGGUCAGAGGAACACAGGAACAGCCAAAAGAGAUGAACCCAGCCCCUGAAGCUGACCAGAACAGUGACUCAGGCAUAGCCUAUGAUGACAGCAUGACCGACGUUAGGGAAACCACCAGUCUACGGAAGGAACGUAUCGUGGUGCUGUUCCUGGGCCACUGGAAGAAGUCAGCCUACACGGUGACUCUGAAGACCAGAGAGGCGGAGAGAAGAGCCAGUGUGGAGGAGGUUGUUGGUAAACCUGGGGGGACAGAUGGGAGCGGACCACAGAGGGGAUCUCAGAUGCCUCUGGGACAUUUCUUCAAACAGAGGAGUGUCAUCAACAAGAUGAUUGGUGAUUGGAGGAGCAUGAUCUCCAGCGUUCCAUCUCGACAGAUCCGCCGUCUCCACCGGCAGCAGGCACCAUACUCCCCUGAACAGUUCCUCCCCAAGGUGGACGGGGCGAUGGUGGACUAUGACAGCCUGACCCUUGACCUCUUUAUGCUGGGGUACUUCCACAUCCUGGAACUCGAACUCCCCGCGGACGAGAGGAAGAUGAGACACCUGCUGUGCUUUGAGGUGUUUGAUCACGUUGGUCGUUUCACCUGGGAGAGCAUCCGGGAGUUCCACAAGGCCGUCAUGAUGGACAUCGAGGCUGGGAACCGUGAGUGGAAGGACGGCUUCGAGGACAUUAAGGUCAAGUUCUUUGGGAACGUGUCAACGACUCAGUCUGAACUGCCAGAGGUAGAGAAACAACAGUUCCUACCAGAGGUCAGGCCUGUGCCCAAAGUCAUCCUCCAAACCCCGACACCAGAUGAAGGGGCUCUGAUUAAACAAGGAACAGACAUUUCCAGUUUCAGCAAUGAUGAGAUUUGCAAAUACAUAGACAGGAGUUUCACUUUCUGGAAAGACAAGGAGGCAGAGAUUUUUGAUUUUGAGUAGUAGUUGUUUUCACGGUACCUUCUUUUUAAAAAUAUUUUUUAAAUAAUUGGUAGUCUUCUGAAAUCAAGUUAUAGUUAUGUAGUCUGCUGAUAUCAAGUUAUAGUAAUGUAGUCUGCUGAUAUGAAGUUAUAGUAAGGGAUGGCUGUACUGUAAGCGCAUUUUAUUCUGAGUGUGAAUACCUUUGUGUUCUUUGUGAAUAGUUGUAACAGCUCUUAUUAUUUAAAGAGAAAGCAAUAAGUAGGCCUACAGUAAACUUUCCAAUCUUAGAAACAGGUAGUCAGAUGUAUAGUACAAGCUAUAACAUUAUUACAAUAAAGAAGCAUAAAGGACA